AAUUCUAGUAUUUUAUAACUUACUCGUGACUAAUUCAGAUGUGACCAUUUAAGGGAAGAAGACCAAUUGCCUAUUUUACAAGUUUGAUUGAAAUCCUCCUUCGAUUUCAAACGACAUUAACCAAAACCAGUAUACGAGCGAGCUAGAACUAGAAGGACUCCAGUUCUCGGUGACUUCUCUCAUUUAUUCGAUCCUCUGUGUGUGUUCUUUUAGCUUCUAAGCAUUUGAAACUUAAAAAGUAUGGAUUCUUGUUGCAACUUUGGCUUGGGGACAAACACUGUCUUGGCCAAAGAAGACAGUUUCAAGAAUGUAGAGAACAAAUUUUGGGGUGAAAAGAUCAAAGGAAGCCUCUUGAAACCUUUUUCUUCCGAUUUGGGUUCCAAAAAGUUCAGAAAUCGUAAGUUGAGGCCCGGUGUUGCUUACGCCAUUGCUACUUCAAAGAAUGCUAAAGAGGCUUUGAAAGUACAGCCUUCUAUGUUCGAGAGAAAAAGAGCAGAUCCAAAGAAUGUGGCUGCAAUCAUCCUAGGAGGAGGCGAUGGAGCUAAACUCUUCCCUCUUACAAAGCGAGCAGCAACACCGGCUGUUCCUGUGGGUGGAUGCUAUAGGAUGAUCGAUAUCCCAAUGAGUAAUUGCAUUAACAGUUGCAUAAACAAGAUUUUUGUGCUGACUCAGUUUAACUCGGCUUCCCUCAAUCGCCAUUUGGCUCGUACUUAUUUUGGCAAUGGCAUAAACUUUGGAGAUGGUUUCGUUGAGGUUCUGGCUGCUACACAAACUCCUGGUGAAGCUGGGAAAAAGUGGUUUCAAGGAACAGCAGAUGCUGUCAGAAAAUUUCUAUGGGUGUUUGAGGAUGCUAAGAACAGGAACAUUGAGAAUAUUAUCAUCUUGUCUGGAGAUCAUCUAUAUAGAAUGAAUUACAUGGACUUUGUUCAGUACCAUGUCGAUAGUAAAGCGGAUAUUACUCUUUCAUGCGCGCCAGUAGAUGAGAGCCGUGCAUCGGAUUAUGGACUUGUGAACAUUGAUCGAAGCGGGCGUGUAGUCCAUUUCUCUGAGAAACCAACUGGCAUCGAUCUGAAAUCAAUGCAAACAGAUACAACUAUGCUUGGACUUUCCAAUCAAGAAGCUGCAGAAUCUCCAUACAUUGCAUCAAUGGGAGUUUAUUGUUUUAAGACCGAAGCUCUACUAAAGCUUCUGACAUGGCGGUAUCCGAGUUCCAAUGAUUUUGGAUCUGAAAUCAUUCCUGCAGCUAUAAGAGAUCACAAUGUCCAAGGAUACAUCUACAAAGACUAUUGGGAAGAUAUUGGAACUAUAAAGAGUUUCUACGAAGCUAAUCUUGCUCUUGUCGAGGAGCAUCCCAAGUUUGAGUUUUACGAUCAGAAUACGCCUUUCUACACUUCUCCUCGGUUUCUACCACCCACCAAAACCGAGAAAUGCCGCAUUGUGAAUUCGAUAAUCUCACACGGAUGUUUCUUGGGAGAAUGCAGCGUCCAACGUUCCAUCAUUGGUGAAAGGUCACGUCUUGAGUAUGGUGUUGAGCUUCAGGAUACUCUAAUGCUAGGAGCGGAUAGUUACCAAACCGAAUCUGAGAUAGCGUCUCUGCUCGCGGAAGGGAAUGUGCCAAUCGGCAUUGGCCGAGAUACAAAGAUCAGGAAAUGCAUCAUUGACAAGAACGCAAAGAUUGGGAAAAACGUGAUGAUCUUGAACAAAGAUGAUGUUAAAGAAGCUGAUAGGCCAGAGGAAGGAUUCUACAUUCGAUCUGGUAUCACUGUGGUUGUGGAAAAGGCCACCAUUAAAGACGGGACUGUCAUAUGAGUGAAACAAUCUCAAGACCGCCGUGUAGUGUGAAAAAAGAAAGACACUUUUUGUGAUUUUUGUCAUGUAAAUUAGAAGAGAUAUAAUCUUAUAGAAGCAAAAGAGAGAAAGUUUAAACUUUACCAAAUAAGAGUGAUCUCACCUUUGAUUAUUGUCGUCGUUUUAUAUAAUCAGAAAUAAAUAAAGCUAUCUAUUUCCUUUG